AUGGACCAGGGGUCCAAUUCAAAAAAUACAGAUAGGAGAGAAACUUUCAAGUCUAGGCAAGAAAAUAAGGAGAGAAGAAAUGAACCUGAAAGGCUGCCCAGGGGACCCAAAUAUCCUUCCUACACUAUGCUCAACACUAAUCGGUCUAGAGUACUAGAUCAAGGAUUGGCUACAGAAAUACUGAGAAUGCCUAGACGCGCCAACACCUCUCCUCGGGUAGAUAAAAGCAAGGCUUGCCGAUACCAUCAGAACAAGGGUCAUACCACUGAAGAGUACACCGCGCUGAAAGAUAAAAUCGAGGAAUUAAUAAAGGAAGGACAUUUAAAAGAUUUUGUGCAGACAAAUCCCGUCGGUCAAUCCAAUAGAGGAAGAUACCGUUACCCUGAGCCAUCAAGGAGAUACGAUGACAAGAGACCUGAACGACAGAGGAAUAGGUCCAGGGAACUCCCAACUGAACGGUACCAUGAGCGUGAGAGGUACCCUAAAAGGGUCAUUAAUACCAUAGCUGGAGGGUUUACCGGUGGCGGACCUACCCAUUUGGCCAGAAAAAGAUAUUUGAGGCAAGUCAGAUCAGUCAACAAUAUCACACUCGGUAGCAGGAUUCGGAUUCCCCCUAUUACGUUUACUGAUGAAGACUUCCAAGGAGUGGAUCCUAUACAAGACGACCCCACGGUGAUAAGUGUAGACAUUCUCAACUGCACUGUCCGAAAAGCACUCAUCAAUCAGGGAAGUUCUGCUGACAUCCUCUACUGGAAUACUUUUAAACAACUGGGAAUACCAGAAGAGGAACUCAAAGAAUAUUGUGAACCCCUAGUUGGUCUCUCAGGGGAACGGGUGGAGACUCGGGGGUGUAUUGAUCUUUACACCUCAUUUGGAUUAAAGCAUGAAGGAAAAUGCAUCAAGGUCACAUACUUGGUAGUUCACGCGAACACCUCGUACAACAUAUUACUCGGCAGACCAUCCCUUAACAAACUUAAAGCUAUAGUAUCUACUCCACAUUUGGCUAUGAAAUUUCCAUCAGAAAGGGGAUGA